AUGUUUUAUUUUAUUUCACAUAAAUGUAUCUCAUUUAGUAUGAAUUCAUAUGUCAAAUAAUAUGAUAAUUAUGUGAUAUUUAUCUCAUAAUAAUGAUGUGUUAUCAAUGAAACAUCCAUAUUCAAAUCAUAUCAGUUCAAACUAGUAUAAUAAAUAAGUGAUAUCAUCAACUUAAAUUUGAUUAUUCAUAUCUUAUCAAAACAAUGAUUUUACAAUAAAAAACUGAAUUGCUUCAAAUAAAAUACGAUCAUCAAGCAAACAUCUUGAAUUAUGAUCUCAAUAUUCAAUUUAUAACUUUAGUGAUUUGUAAUAUUUAAAAUGAAUUUAUAAGUAAUAUUCAUUACUAUUCAGAAAUUAUAUGUUGUAGAAUGGGCAUAUAUGAUUUGAUUCAAUUAAUUCAAUAUCAAAUCCAUUCAUGCAUAAUAAUAUAAAAGUAUGGGUAUAUAGUAAAUUGAGUUAGUUUUCAUAGUCAUACCUUACUUCAUGAAGUUUUUCUUAUUUGAGUAUCCUAAUCACUCAUCUUCUUAUUGAAGUAGAUUCUAUAAAUACUCAUGAUUUCCAUGGCCAUAUAUAUCAUAAUAAUUCCAUGUGACUAAAGCAAUCAAAUAAAUAAAUUCACAAUCAUGGAUCAUGAGAGUACUCAGUGAAAUUCUCAUAUGAACAUUUAAACUAAUUACUUUGAUUAGAUCUAAACAAUUUUCUAUUUAGCCUCAUGUCAAGUAUAUUAAAAAUUAGGCAUAAUUUGAUAUUUUAAUUCCUCUUUUAAUAAUUUUUCAUCAUCAAAACCCUUUGCAUUUAAUACUCCAACAAUAUUAGCAUCACAAGAACUUUUAG